CGACAAAAGCCGCUGUAGCUGACGACGUGGCCGGGUUACGUGGUUACAGCUGACCGGGGCAAUUCAAAAAAGGCACAUCAGCUUUGUUCAUAGCUAGUUUAGAGAGCCACGGACUUCGGCAGUUUGAUAUCGUCGCCAUUUAACAAUGUCUGGGAAAAUCAAGAGCCGAAGCGCCGCAAACACAGAUUCGAUAACCGGCGGUAUUUCCUGCGAUGAGCGCAUCUUGCGGGAUUGUCACAAACUCUACACCGAACCCGACAGUGGAUUGAUCCCAAUAGCCGAAUCUGUUGGUGUGAAGUUGCUGCCACCCAGGAAAAAGAUCACUGUGAUGCUCAUGGGAAACCACUCUGCUGGGAAAAGCUCAUUCAUCAACUGGUAUGUCGAAGAGCACAUCCAGCGCACCGGAGUGGCUAUUGAGACCCAAGGUUUCAGCUUUGUUACAAGUGGACGCAAGAGAGAAUCUCUCACAGGAAAUGCAACCCUCCAUCUAUAUCCACACUUCAAGCCUCUGCAAGAGUUCAAAGGUGUUUCAGAGUACUUGAGCACAGAGAUCUGCACGUCAAGACAGAAACGGUUCAGCCUCGUGACGUUUGUGGAUUCACCAGGGUUGGUGGAUGGUGAUAUGAAGUACCCCUUUGAUGUGGACGACGUUAUCCUGUGGCUCGGUGAUCUCUGUGACCUGAUUCUGGUCUUUUUUGACCCCAUGGGUCAGGCGCUCUGCAAGCGCACCCUCAACAUUGUGGAGAGCCUGAAUGAGAAAUAUGGGGACCGACUUCAUUUUUACCUGAGCAAGGCUGAUGAGGCGGGGGGAGAGUCGGACAGACAGAGAGUAAUGAUGCAGAUUGUCCAGGAGCUCUGCAAGCGACCAGGGCUCAACAAAUGUGGUUUUGAUAUGCCCACCAUCUACAUUCCUAAUCCAAAUAAGCCAAGUCGCUGUGUCAACCAGAUUCAAGAGGUGUGUCAGACCGUUGAGAAAACCAUCAACCAGACAGUCCAGAAUACACUCAACUCUUUGGAGAAGGACUGUGAACUUAUCAGCGAGGCCAUUACUGAUACACUCACAAAUGACAGGCUGACCAGUGCUGCAAACCGACGGGCACGCUGUAAGAGCUGCUUCCUGACUCUGCUGGGCUUCAGUAUCCCUAUGGCUCUCAUGGCCUUACUGGUGCUGGGCACUUUGUCCAAGGAGCUGCUGGAGAUGGCUCUGGGCCGCCAGGGCACAGAGGCGCUUGCACUUUACCUGACUCCUGUAGCGAAAGUGUUUGACUCCCUCUCUGUGACGGAGCAGCUUUACAGCUGUGCUGGACUCGUCCUAAUCUCCUUCAUCCUGCUCAUCAUCGCACGUUUCUCCUUCAGGACUCAACCAACUUUGUCAGGCAAACAGAAAAAACAACUGCAGGAGAAGGUGGAUUAUGUUCAGGAGGUGGUCAAGAUCAAAAAGAAAAAGCUGUAUGAAGAUUACCUUCGCCAGAGUGUCAGCGAUCAGGAUAUGGACUUAUAAAGGAAAGACUGGCAUUCAGCUCCCCUCACACUGACCAAAUGAAAUCAAAGCUUUGUGAUGGUUUUUCAUCAGCCGUCAUGACACUCUGACCACUUGAGGCUGCGUUUCGCUGAAGAGCGGAUGCAAAGUUAAAAGCACUUGUGGAAAGCCGUCCAGGCUCUGGUGCUUUGGAUACUGUAAAGUUUGUGUACCUGUUAGAUGAUGUUACCUCUGUAAAAACUCUAAAACCGCCCUGCCCGCCUAUGAGACAGGUUUGGUCUCAUGAAAAAUUUUGUUACUGAUCACUGAUUUGUUGUGAGCGUUAAUAUGCAUUUAUUCUGUGCCUCUGCUCCACUCAAAGGAACUCAGAUGUAUACCACUUAAAGAUAUUUAAACGUUUGCAAACUAUUUAUACAGUAAUAUUUCUUUAUGGCAGAAAUUGUAUUUUGGUUAAACAGCAUAUAACACUGUUUCACAUGAGUCACUUUGUAUGAAUGUUUUUGAAGACUUUCACCUACAUUUUAUACAAUAUUUUGUCAUCUUAGUAUCAUGAAAUUACAGUUUUGAUAUUAAAUCAUGGAUGUUUGUUAGUUCACUAAUAUGUAGAAUAUUCCAUUACCAGUAUAACCAGCAGACGAGGAUUGUGAGCCGGCGAACGUUUUAACAUUGACCAACUUGGCUUUUUCUAUUUUCCUGUUGUACAUUGUGACCAUGUUUUUGAUUAUAAUUGACUUCAAUAAAAAACAACUGUUAAAUAAAGGA